AUGGCCUUCGCCACCCGGGAGAGCGCGGGCUCGGGGCGCCGGCGGCCGUCGCGUCUCCGGGCGCUGCGCGGGCUGCUGCUGCUCUGCCUGUGGCUGCCGAGCGGUCGCGCGGCCGGGCCGCCGGUGGCGCCGCUGUCCGAGCUGCAUGCGCAGCUGUCGGGCGUGGAGCAGCUGCUGGAGGAGUUCCGCCGGCAGCUGCAGCAGGAGCGGCCGCAGGAGGAGCUGGAGCUGGAGCUGCGCGCCGGCGGCGGCCCCCAGGAGGACUGCCCGGGCCAGGGCGGCGGCGGCUACAGCGCCAUGCCGGACGCCAUCAUCCGCACCAAGGACUCCAUCGCGGCGGGCGCCAGCUUCCUGCGGGCGCCAGCGGCCGUGCGGGACUGGCGGCAGUGCGUGGCGGCCUGCUGCUCCGAGCCGCGCUGCUCCGUGGCCGUGGUGGAGCUGCCCCGGCGGCCCGCGCCCCCGGCCGCCGCGCUCGCCUGCUACCUCUUCAACUGCACUGCGCGCGGCCGCAGCGUCUGCAAGUUCGCGCUGCACCGCGGCUACAGCAGCUACAGCCUCAGCCGCGCCCGGGAUGGCGGGCGGAGCGGCCUGGAAGCCGGCGAUCCUGCCCCGGCCACCGCGCGCACCUCGCCCGAGCUGGAAGAGGAUGAGCCUCCACUUAGCAAGGCCGGGCAGGAUGUGGUUUUGCAUCUGCCCACAGACGGGGUGGUUUUGGAUGGCCGCGAGAGCACAGAUGACCAUGCCAUUGUCCAGUAUGAGUGGGCGCUGCUGCAGGGUGACCCAUCAGUGGACAUGAAGGUUCCUCAAUCAGGGACCCUGAAGCUGUCCCACCUGCAGGAAGGAACGUACACCUUCCAGCUGACCGUGACCGACACUGCCGGGCAGAGAAGCUCUGACAACGUGUCGGUGACGGUGCUUACUACAGCUUACUCCACGGGAGGGUGUUUGCAUGUUUGCUCGCGCUACCACUUCUUCUGUGACGACGGCUGCUGCAUUGACAUCACGCUGGCUUGCGAUGGAGUGCCGCAGUGUCCCGACGGGUCCGAUGAAGACUUCUGCCAAAAUCUGGGCCUUGACCGAAAGACGGUGACCCACACGGCAACGAGUCCUGCCCAGCCGAGAACCACAGGGCUGAGUGAAGAGGCUGGGGGGCACUCCUUAUUGGAAAAGUCCCAGAAAGCCACUGCCCCAAACCAGCCGCCUGCAUUAUCGAACACAGAGAAGAGGAAUCAUUCUAUCUUUUGGGGACCAGCAAGUCAAGUAAUUCCUGUGAUGCCAGAUAGUAGUUCCUCAGGGAAGAACAGAAAAGAAGAAAAUUAUAUCUUUGAGUCGAAGGGCGAUCGAGGAGGUGGGGAACACCCAGCCCCAGAAGCAGGUGCAGUGCUACCCCUGGCAUUGGGUUUGACCAUCACUGCUUUGCUGCUUCUCAUGGUUGCUUGCAGACUACGACUGGUGAAACAGAAACUUAAAAAAGCUCGUCCCAUUACAUCUGAGGAAUCGGACUACCUCAUAAAUGGGAUGUAUCUAUAAUAAAUGUAAUUUAAAUAGCUUUGGAGCAAGGACGUGUUUCACUUAUAAUUUAUACAUAUAUUAUGUUCUGGGUAUUUACAACUUCUUUUGUUUUUAAAUGGGCUAGAAGAUUCUGCAAAUCCAAAAUCUUGUCUUUACUAUGUAUUAUAGAAAGGUUGCCCUUAGAAAGUAUGAAAUAUUUUGAAAUUUAGAAUACAAUUCAUAUGAUUAAAGACUUUUAAAAUUCUAAUUUACAUAAGUUGUCCCUGAUAAUAGAAAUUUGUACUUAGCUGAGGCAGAAAAUUCAGUAUCUCAAGAGGUGGUCUUAGGAUGGCAGCAUUAACCCUUCGUGUUUUAGAAGCCCCUGGCAGCGCUGGACCGCUGUGGGCACAGUCCCCCUGUUCUGUGGUCCUGUUCUCCAUCCUUUAAGCUCCCCAUGCUCUCCUUUUUCUUUCUCCUUCAAAACCUGUUUCUGAGAAUGAUCUCAAGUGAGUUGAUACCUUCAACGAGAUGUUACCUAAGGCAGGUGUAUCUAAAUUAUAAGCCUAUGAACAGGUUAUGGAACCUCAGGGAGGAUGAAUGUGGGUUCUUCCUAGUGCCUCUGACAUGUCUUGUAGGUGGCUGCCUCCUCAGGCUGAUCUUUGGGAGAAAAAACCCAGACUUUGGAUUACAAACAGCUCUAAGAUGGUCAUGAAGUGUGAUGGGAAAUCAAGGUGGAAGCAGAGAACCUGGCAGGCCAAAAACUUUACCAGAAACUUAGCUGAGGGCAAAAAGAGCAGGGACAACUAAUACCUUAUCAACUCAACACUACCCCAUG